AUGGAGAGGCUAUGUUUACCAACAAUAUUUCACUUAUUUGCUCACAACAUACCUUUAGAAGAGAGGUCUAGAGCAUUUUCCUAUCUCUUAGCAUCUGGAUCUGUAGGACAAACUGUUGCUUCAGUGUUGUGCCCACAUCUCUCUUGGGAAGCAUGCUUCUAUUGGUUCGGUUCGUUUGGCUUCCUUUGGGUACUUUUAUGGUACUGUUUCUACCCCGAAGAUGUUUACAGUAGCGAAGAAACAUUACCUUUGCAGAUGCCUAAAGUCAUAACACAUUCAAUAAGAUGGGCAGAUUUCAUAUUCAGUAAACCACUGUGGGCAAUAUAUGUCGCACAUUUUGCUAUGAACUGGUCAUCUUAUAUCAUUAUGCAAUGGCUACCUACAUACUUAUCACGUUACUUGGGAGGAAAUUCUCAUAGUUUGAGUUUAACGGCAGUGCCAUACAUUGUGAAUUCUAUUUUUGGUGUAAUAAGCGGACAUGUAGCUGACGGUCUGCUUGGAAGUAAAAAUUGGUCUGUUUUGAAUGUUAGAAGAUUGAUGACAAGUAUAGGUCUAGUAGGGCCUGCUUUAUUUCUGGCAAUAUUUUGUGUGGUUGACCAUUUGGCAUUUGCCCUUAUUCUCGUUAGUAUAUCUAUGGGCUUGUCUGCAAGUAACUCUGCUGGGCAUUUGAGUAACCAUGUAGAUAUAGCUCCAAAUUAUGCAGGUACCACGUUUGCUAUAAGUAAUACUAUUGCAACGGUUCCGGGAAUUUUAUGUGGCCCAGUCACAGCUAGUUUAGUAACUUAUUCUAAUGGAAAAUGGCUGUCUGUAUUUCUUGGUGCUACAUUCAUUAACUUAACGGGAGCUUUUGUAUAUUUUACAAAUAGUGUUGCAACACAAGUUCUAUAAAGUAUAAAGUUGUCAGAAAAUCGAAGGAGUUCAUGAUUGAAAAUUGUACAGAAAUUUUUGUUUUGUACCACAAAAUAUUUUAUUGACUAAAAUUCAAAGACAUUAUUAAAUCUUUGACAGUGCACCAACCUGACAACGUGAACUCUGAAGAAAUGAUGUAUUUGAUAGGGCACAGUUUGACUGUCAUUUACCCCUAUCAACCCUAUAACAUACGACGUUGAAGUAGGUCCAUGGUAUACUACACAUAUGGUGUAUUGGAUGACUAAUAUCUGGUCUCUUGAGAAUGUAUAAAUACUGUAUAUUUAUGUAGAGUUGAAAAAUAAAAGUCUCGUUCUUAAAACUACAAAAAAGCAGUUGUAUAUAAAGUAUGAAUUGAAAAA